UUUUGUCAGUUGACAAAUGUCGGCCAUCAUUUUAUAAUCAAUCUAUAAUCGGUUACAUUAUGCGAUUCGUUUUGGUCGUUUCGGCGGUACUAUCUCUUCCGCGACCUUUGAGUCUUCAGCAAGCCCUGCAAAAAAAAUUUAUCGAAAGGAAUUCGAUGGUUUCCCCGUCCGUGGACUACUUCGCACAGUCCGUCGGCAAGAUCAUUGACAUUUACAUAGGCUCCAGGACAGUGAUCAUGUUUGCGGACGAAGUGAGACGCAGUGAACUGGGUCAGCUUUUAUUGGCCACCACAAGCCACCCUAGAACAAUAUUGCCCUACGGUAAUGUCUCGCUGGCCGCAGGACUUUUGGUCUACUUUAUAGACGACCGACAUACCGAUUACGACCCCAUUUUGAAGACGCUACCGCUGAGCGACCAUUCCAGACAUAUGCUAUUGUGGAACGUUGAACGCCGCGUAGACUUGCACAGAAUCCAAGGGAUUUUUGAAAUAUUUUGGCGGUUUCAACUCAUCGACGUCGUUGUCAUGGUGCCAUUACUGACGGGAAACGUACGAGUGUACACUUUUAGCCCGUACUCGGAAUCACGAUGUAACCGGGUCGGGUCGCCGAUCAUGAUCAACGUAUGGAACAGUUGGCUGAACGACUUUAUGAGAAAACGUAAAAUAUUUGGUCAGGACAAUCAAAUAAACAACUUGCACAGAUGCGCUCUGAAAUGUCUGGGUGUUCAUAGGCCACCGACUUCUACAAUGACAUUGACUCCCAGUGGCUGGACGCUCGGAGGGUCCGUGUCUCGCAUCGUCAAGUUCAUACAGAAACAGAUGAACUUCACCGCCGAUAUUUCUGUGGUGCACGACGGCUACCUUAAAUUCACCAAAUACACGCCGACGGAAGACGCCACUUCUCCAAUCGGCGAACAAGUUAAAUCCCGAAAAGUAGACUUGGCCUUCGGUCGAUUCACCCGAAUAUUCGAUAUGGAGCCCGAGACGGAAUUCAUUAAAGAGGACCAAAUGGACUGCUUCACGUGGAGUCUGCCGAGUGGUAUUGGCCGCGAUCCUUCGUCGUGGCUCAACUAUUUGAUGGAAUUUUCAGCGAUCACGUGGACGUUGAUCGUUGGCAGCAUAAUGGUCGCAUUUUUCAUCACGGUAGUUUUGUCCCGAUCGUCCCACGGCCGCCAGUCGUCUUUUCUCCAACGGGAUAUAGUUUUCAUGUUUUUUUAUUCUUUUAGUACGUUCAUUGGAGCAUCGGUCACAAAAACGACCAACUUGCCUGCCGCUCUACAAAUAUUCCUGACCAAUUGGCUUCUUUACGCUUUGGUCGUGACUAGUGCAUACCAAGCGUACCUAGGAAGUAUAAUCACCAUACCGAGAGCCGAUCCCGAGAUUGACGAUCAACACACUUUGUUGAAGACCAAUUUAAAUUUGGCGGGACGCCAACAAAUGUACUUUCUGAUUAAUUCUUCAGCGGGUUCGGGCCACGACUUUAGAGCGCUAGUCGAUCGUUAUCAUAUCCUGCCACCCGAAGAGUUCAGCCAUUUCAUUAAAAGAAUAUUGACGGUCCGGGACACGGCGGUUUUGGCGUCCAGGCGGGAGCUGUUUUUUCACGCACGACAAUAUAAGCGCACUUUUAACGACAGCAGACACUUGCACGUUUUCCAGACGUGCGUGAUUGAAUCGUAUUCGUCGAUUUUCAUACUGCGCAAAGGGUCGCCAUUUCGACAUCGACUCAUGACAAUAAUGUCUCGACUAUCGGAGACUGGCAUUAUGCAAUACUGGGACAAGUACGACAACAUGGACGACAUGGUACAUGGAACGUCGUUCACGAACGAUGCGGUCCUGUCAGUGUCUCAGGUGUACGGACCUUUUAUUGUUUUAUUUAUUGGGCUUGCAUUAGGUACCUUUGCAUUUAUCGGGGAAAUGAUCGUAUACAGUGUCAGUCUCAGCAAACCUAACAAAAAAAUCGCAAAGCACAAAUUUCUUCAUUGAUAU